AUGGCUACCUCGGGUGUAACUUGCGAAUACUUUGCGUGGCGUGGAAUCUUCUACCUAAAUGGAAUCUCAUCUCUGCUUUUUGGAAUUCUUUGGGCACUCCUCUUCAGAGAUCAUCCCUCUGAGCUGAAGCAGUCUGGAGGUGUAUUGGUCCAGGACGAGAAGGCCGAGAUUGUGGCAGUAAAACGCCGUCAUGAGCCAGUACCAUACAAAGCCUUCUUCACAUCUUUGCCUGUGUGGUCAUGUCUGGUAGCAGCCUUUGGAAAUUUCGGAGGGAUUUCACCAUUCAUGACAUUUGCACCUGCGAUUCUGAAAAAGGCUGUCAAUUUAACGGACAUUGCGGCAUCGCAAUAUAACACUUUCUCAUUUAUACUACAGCUAUUUUUAAAAAUAUUCAGCGGUAAAAUGUCCGAUUUAUGGACGGCAAUAAGCGAAACAAAUAAAGUCCGCUUGUUCAACACUUUAUCAUUGGGAAUAGCUGGCGUACUAUGUAUAACUACUGCUUUCAUUCCUGUGGAAAAUCAGGUAAGCCGUUCCUUGGUGAAUCCAAUCACAGCACAGCAUUUGCUUUGCGAAGGUCGCAUGUAGGC